AUGGAUUACGAAGAAAUUGUUUGUGUGCAUUUGAAUUUAAAAUUUUUAAUUUUUAAAAACAUUGAAAAGGAAGAUAAUUGUUUAUGUGAUAAUUUUAUAAUAAAUUUAGCAAAUAUAAAUGAUAUUGAAGUAGAUAAUAGUUCAAAGGAAUAUUUCAUAAAAAAAAUUCAUAGAAUUUUAAAAAAAAAAAAAAAAAAUGAAUAUGAAUGUAUUUUAAGUGGCACAUUAACAGAAAUAGCGAAUUUUCUAUUUCAACAUAUUGAAUUAUUUAUUGAGAUAAAAAAAAACAAAUAUGAUUCAGAAGGUAAUAGUGAUAAUAAUGAAAAAAUAAAUGAUAUAGAUCUUUAUGAAAAAAAAAAGUUAAAAAAGAAUAAAAUUCAUUUAUUGAAAGGCGCUGAUAAUUAUGAUAAUUUAAACUUUGAAAAUGAUAGCAUUUAUUUUAAGUGUCCAUUUAAUGAUUUAAUAAAUGAUUUCGAAUUUUUUGAAAAUAAAAAAUACGAAAAUAUAAGCAAUUUCUACAUAAGCAAUGAAUUAAUUUUAUCUAUUUGUUUGAAAUUAGAAGAAUACUUAAUUGAAAAAAAAGAUUUAGAAAAAAUAAAAUUGGGUACUUAUAUUAAUUUAGAGAAAUAUGAGAAUAAAUAUAAGCAUAUAUUAAAUAUAUUUAAUUUAGACAACUUAUUUUAUUUAUAUAUUAACUUUAACGAUUAUAAUAGGCAAUUUUUUUUUGAUAAUAAUGUAGAAGUUACAGUAGGAGAAAUGAUACAAAAUUUAUCUAACAAGGUUUUAGAAAAUGGGGAAAAUAAUAUUCUAAAUAAUUCAGUAAGUAACUUAAUAGAAGGAAAAAAAAUUGAUGAUUUUAAUGUAGGUUGUCAUUUUUCACUAAUUUUAAUUGACGAUAUAAAAGAAUUAUAUGACUAUUUUUGUAUUAAUGAUUUAUUUAUAAACUUAAACAAUGUUAAGUUAAAUAUAGAUAAAAGUGUAUUUUCUAAUAAUGAUAAUAAAAAUGAGUCAUGGAUUUUUUAUAAAAAUUUUAAAAAAAAAAUAUACAAUUUAAGCACAGUAAAUAAUUCAUCUCAUAAUUUAAAUUUUAGCGUUAGUAUUAUUUCUAUUUUAUUGAAUUAUAAUUCUAGUAAUGAGUUAAAUUCUUAUGAUCUCAACCAUAUCCCAUUUAACGAAAAUUAUAAAUUAACUAAUUCUUACAACUUUUAUAAAAAUAUUUCAACAAAUUCAAAUUUGGAUUUACUAAAAAAUAAGGAAUUAUCAAAAAUGGAUUUUAUGUUGUGUAAUUUUUUUUUAUCAGUAAAAAAUUGCCAUAUUCUAGAGUUGAGUAAUAUUUAUGCAGAGAAAAGAAAAAAAAAUAAAAAUAAUUUUUUUAUAAAAAUUGAAUCUGAUUUAUUUGAACAAACAUUUAUAUCAUCGUUAUAUUUGUUCCAAGAAGAUACACAAAUUGAAUUAAAUAAUUGCUAUGUAAAUCAUGAUUUUGAUAUAAAAGAAGAAGAUUUAUAUGAAUAUUUUGAAAAAAAAAUUAUAUAUUUUGAUCUAUCUAUAAAAGAAAAAGAUAGCGAUAUAAAUAUUGGAAAAGGGAAUCUUCCUAUGAAACCUGUUGUAAAUGAAUUAAAAGAUAUAUUAGAAAAAAAAGAUUUUCAAAAUUAUUAUAAAUUUAAUUAUAAUGUAUCACUUUAUUUAAACGUAUUUAAAGAAAAAUACUUAACAUCUGAAUUAAGUGUAGAACUUUUUUUUAGUAUCAAAGAAAAAAAAAUAGAAGAAAAUAGAGAUAAUAACAUUUUGUCGAUAGAAUCAAAAUGUCUUAAUUAUCAAGUACCAAGCAAUAUAUAUGAGUUUAAAAUAUGGAAAGAACAAGAGGAAAACAAUAUUAAAAAAAUAUUAAAAAAAAAAGAAGAAAAUUUAGUUAGAAAAUUUACAAAAAAAUAUGAACUCAUGGAAAGGGAAAGAAAAAACGAACUAGAAAUAAAGAAAAAUGAACUCAAAGAAAUUAUUAUUAAAAUGAAAGAAGAACAAAUAAAUGUUAUAAACUGUAAUAAUGCGUUAAAAUUAAAGGAUAAAGAAUUAAAUGAUGAAAUUCAUUCAUUAGAAAAAAAAUUAAAAAAAAUUAAAUAUGCUUAUGAAAAAUCUUUACAAUCGUUUAAAGAAAAUCUAAGAAAGAGUAAUUUAAAUGAAAGUAUGAUAAAGGAAAAUGAUGAAUUAAAAAUUAAUUAUACAAAAUUAAUAAAAGAGAACAAAGCAUUACAAAAAGAAAAUGAAGAAAUGAAAUCUACCUUAAGAAAAUAUAAUAAUAAAGAUAAUGCCAUUAUAAGUAAUAACUAUUUUGAAAAGCUAAAAGAAGAAUUAAAACGAUUAAAAGAGUAUAAAAAUAAAAUGAAGGAAACACAAAUAGAUUCAUGUAACAAUAAAUUGCAAAAUUAUAUAAAAAGUAUUCAUAGAAAUAGAAAAAAAAUAUUACAAUUGAUAAGUAAUUUUACCAUACAACUAGAAAAUAUUUAUGAUUUAACUAAUGAUGAAAUAUUAGAAGAAAAUUUUCACUCCAUCUUAGAAGGCAUAAACGCGAUAAAGUUCAUAGUUAACGAAGAAAUGAAAGAAGAAAAAAAUUUAAAAGAGUUGGAAUCAAUAAAAUUCAAAGGCAGCAAUAUCGAUAAUAGUAAUAAUAACAAUAAUAAUAACAAUAAUAAUAAUAAUACUAAUAUUAAUAAAAAUAAUAACAAUAAUAAUAAUAAUAUUAAUAAAAAUAAUAACAAUAUUAAUAAAAAUAAUAUUAAUAAAAAUAAUAAUAGUAAUAAUAUUAACAAAAAUAAUACAUUUUGUUUUAAUAAAAAUAUAAAUAAUAAUAUAAAAGAAAAAGACAAAAAACAUUUUAUUUAUCAAAAAAAAUCUGCUAUUAAAGAAAAAGAAAAAAACGUUUAUACAAAUCAGAAUUUUAUAAAAAAUGUGAGCAAAAAUGGGAAAAAAAAAAAUUUUAUUCUUAGCAAUCAAAUAAUAGAAGAUAGUAGUAAACAGAAAAACGCGAAUACUAAAAUUGUUGAAAAUUUAAGAAGUGAAAUAAAAAGGUUAAUAGAGUCGGGAAUAUACAAUGAAGAUGAUCAAAUAAUCGUAAAUAUGAAGAAAAAAAUAGUUUACAUUUUAAACUGUGAGAAAUUAAAUAACGAUUAA